CGGUGGUCACUGAGCGAGCGAGUGAGUGCGGGACCGCUAGCUGCUCGCAGUGCAGCAACACUGAGUUGUAAACAAAGUGGAUAAAACUAAACUUCGACACGGGACAUUUUCUGCCAUCGCUGGACGCGUUUAGGGGCCGUCAGAGCGGCGUCUGUCCGGGAUAAAACCUCCACCAGCAGCGCUUUGGACCUAGUCGUGCUCGUCUCGUUAACCGUUUCGUGUCCUGAGCAGUUGAGGCGCUGGCGAGUGCAGAGCAGCAACGUUUCAGCUCAGUUUAGGACCUUUUAGCGCGUAAAUAAACAUCAAUCUGCAAUUUUACACCCGGUUUGCAGCUCUCAGCCGCUUUGUCGCUGCCUUUCCGUCGAAAAAACCCUCCCGAAGAUCCUGAAGAUGUCCGUUGCGGGCUUGAAGAAGCAGUUUUACAAAGCCAGCCAGAUGGUGAGCGAGAAGGUUGGUGGAGCAGAGGGAACGAAGCUUGAUGAAGAAUUCCGAGACUUGGAGAGGAAAGUCGAUGUGACAAGUAAAGCCGUGGUAGAGGUCAUCUCCAAAACGUCCGAAUACCUGCAGCCCAAUCCAGCGUCCCGUGCCAAGCUCUCCAUGCUGAACACCAUGUCGAAGAUCCGCGGGCAGGUGAAGAGUCCAGGCUAUCCGCAGGCGGAGGGGUUGCUGGGGGAGUGCAUGGCCAAAUACGGCCGAGACCUCGGGGAGGACACCAACUUCGGAUCUGCUCUGAUCGACGCUGGUGAGAGUAUGAAGAGACUGGCUGAGGUGAAGGACUCUUUAGACAUCGACGUCAAACAGAACUUCAUCGAUCCUCUGCAAGGCCUGUGCGACAAGGACCUGAGAGAGAUACAGCAUCACUUGAAAAAGCUGGAAGGUCGUCGGUUGGAUUAUGACUACAAGAAGAAGCGCCAAGGAAAGAUUCCAGACGAGGAGGUCAAGCAGGCGCUGGAGAAAUUCCAUGAGUCUAAAGAGGUGGCAGAGAUCAGCAUGUACAACCUGCUGGAGACGGAUAUAGAGCAGGUGAGCCAGCUGUCGUCGCUGGUGGAGUCUCAGCUGCAGUAUCACAAGCAGGCAGUACAGAUUCUCGAAGAGCUCGCAGACAAGCUGAAAGACAGGAUCAACGAGGCCCAGUCUCGUCCACGGAAAGAGUACGUUCCCAAGCCUAAACCUGUUUUUGACUUCGGAGAAACCAAUGACCAAUCAAACGGCGGCUUCACGCCUGCUGCUGCCCCUUCUACCCGUAACUCAGAACCGUACCUCAAGCUUGGCAAGUCGGCGCGGAAACCCAGAUUAACUCCGGCGGAGCAGCCGUGCUGUAAGGCUCUGUACGACUUUGAGCCGGAGAACGAGGGCGAGCUGGGCUUCAGGGAGGGUGAUAUCAUCACUCUGACCAAUCAGAUUGACGAGAACUGGUACGAAGGAAUGCUGCACGGCCAAUCAGGAUUCUUCCCGCUCAACUACGUGGAGGUGAUCGUCCCACUACCACACUAAAUAAUAAUAAUAAUAAAGAAAAAAAACACGAGAGAGGAAGAGAGCGGAGGGAAAGGAGGGAAGAGGAGCAUCACCUGCGUCCGUGUUCCAGCCAUGUCCGACGCACCUGUACUUUGGCACUUUGACCCCUUGACCUUCUGAAGGAAGGAACUUUGGAAGAUGGUGACUUCUCACAUUCCAGGAGAGAAAAGGAACGACUGACUUCUCAUGACCCAGACACGGACAGACGGACAGAUGGACAGACCGCCUUGAACCUCGUAGGCUUAGACGCAGACUGAUAUUAACGUGACUUACCACAGAUGACCUUAAUUGAACGGACAGCUGAAAUGACCCCCUCCUAUAUUAUCCUGCGUUUACAAAGAAAAAAGGUUAGACCGUUUUUAUGCAUUCAGAACAGCCAGUGGCUUCCAGCAAUGCACAGCUCUUCAUCCCAUCCACCGUUUCGUAGUUCAGCUUUCAGCAUCCACCCUUAUUUCGUCUUUAAAAGAAAUGGAAAAUCAAAUUUACACAAUUCCCUGCAGAAGUCAAAUGUAGUAAUUCAUCCAAAGACAUGUUUGGUGUUUUACGUUUGCUUCUGUAAUUUGACAGUCAAGCUAAAAAGCAAGUAUACACUGCAAAAAUGGUCCCUUGUCAAGUGAAAUGAUCUUAAAUCUAGUCAAUAUAUAUAUAUAUAACGUUCCUAUUUAAGAUGUUUGUGCCCUUGUUAUGAGAUUAUCUGGCUUAUUUCCAGAGUUUACUCGUUUUAGUUCCAGUAAAAGGAUCUCACUAUACUGGCAGAUCAUUUUACUGGUUUCAAGCCCAUUUCUUACAACAAGCACAACUAUCUGCCAACAUAGUCAGAUACUUUUACUUAAUAAAAUGACUUAAAACAAGUAAAAAUAAGUUUAGUAAUAAGUCAAUCUUAAAUUAAUCUUACCGCAAUCUCAAAAGGAGAAACAUUAGAUUUCUUCACUAUAAGAUAAUUUUGCUUGACAAGAUGUCAAGAUCAGCCCAGACUGAUAUUAGUCUUUAAUUCUAAAGGAUUAAGCGAGUAAAAAAAAAAAAUAAAGUUAAUUAUAUUGGUUUUUCAUACAUAACCACACAAACACCGCAUAAGUGUUCAUAAGUCAUCAAGUGAUAAGAUGGUAGACUUUGUGCCAUUUAUACUGAAUUAUAGUCACUGGUUUUGUGUCUCCAGUGCAAAACUUCACGUCUUCACUGCAAAAAAUGAUGUCUUUGCAGUCAAAUGAUCUUAAAUAUGGUCAAGACAUGUAAUGCAUCUCCUGUUGAGAUAAUUAAAGAAUAUUUAAUGUAUUCCUGGACAUUAUUUACAAGUGAAAUGAUCUCACUAUUGUUUUAUAAAUGUGCUUGAAACCAGUGAAAUGAUCUGCCAGUAUAGGGAGAUAAUUUUACUUAAUAAAAUGACCUAAAAUAAGUAAAGCAGUUCUGGGAAUAAGCCAGAUAAUCUUAUUAUAAUCUUAUUAUAAGUGUACAACCACCUCGAAAUGGGAAGUGUUAGAUAUAUUGACCUGAUUUAAGAUCAUUUCACUUGACAAGAUGCCAUUUUUUGCAGUGUUUGUGUGUAUUUGAUUUUGGGGGUACCAUUACUUUUAAAGUGAGACGGAGUAAAAUAAAGUAAAGAAUUAGGAUAUUAGGUAUAGAAGUGGAGGACUAUAGCAUGCCUGGAUUUCACUGUGUAGCUGGAGAUAUCAUCCAAUUCUUGUGAAACGACAGGCUUAGUGUGCGAUUAAAUGUUGCUUAGUGUGUCUUUAAGGGCUGAAAUCCCAGACUUGGCGAAUUUCACCGAAAUUACGAAAACUCUGGCGUAGAAUUUUCCUACACUUGAUACAGCAAAGUAAAAAAAAAAAAAAAAGAUAAAUAAAAUGAAGUAGUAGUUUGACUGAACUGGUCCCCUGACUGCCCCCU